CCGGCAUUCAACUUGACUCGCGUGUGUUAUGGUUAAGCUCUACGUGCCCGAAAGGCAGCUAGCUGAAUCGCCGACCCUCCGCGGCGCGGCGUCCCGAAUCGACAGGUCCUACACCAUUUCCAUUUUACCCGCAUCGAUAUCCGCGCUUGGAUUGACCGUCUGCAGCUUGGUUCACCGGUGUCUUCUACUCCUUGCCACCUCUACUCGGUUGUCCGUGCCUUGUGAUUCGACUGACAUCCUGGCUUUCAGCGCCUUACGCAAACCUUGACUAAGUGCAGGCGGCCUGUCCCGCGGUCACUGUCGAAACCAUAUAUCCUUCUUUUCUCCACCGUGCCCUUCGCUCCUUUCUUUCCGCGUCUGUUCUUCUGGUCCUCGAAAUGGCUGCACUGCGUGCCGGGGUCCCCAAUCUGGUUUCUGGGGCCACGGGAGCAGCCUUGAUAACAGAGGCAUUGGACGUGGUCAAAGCGGAAUUCGACCAUCUCACGAGCGAAGUCGCGCUUGUACGCAGGGAAAGAGAGGACUGCGAAGCCACGCUGACUGCCCAAGUCAACGAGCUCAAUAUCAUCCGACAAUCCUUGUACGAGCUGGAAACGCAACACAGCAAAGUGCGAGCGAAAUAUGAACAGGAGUUGGCUCGUCUUCGAGAGGAAUUGCACAUGCUGAGGCAUGGCCAUCAACCUCCACCUCAAUCAUCGCUCGCCUAUCAUCACCACUCUCAUCGGCCUCCGCUGCACCCUUCCUCUUCUACACAGUCGAUAACGGACCGGCACCCGGAACGAGAACGGGACCGAGAGCGUGGGACGAGCACAAACGUCAUUGUCUCAGAGCGCAGCGAUCGCGACGCUCGAGAACCGAACGUCAAGCGAACAAAGACAACAGAACGAGUGGGUCGUCCCGGUCCAGCCCCGGUGACGCCCAUCGAAGUACAUCGACUGUCCCCUCACCCCUCAUCCACGCUUUCAUUUCUUGACGCAGACCUCGCCUCCUUUCCGUCUCAUCUGAAGAAGGAGUCGGCGGCGACCGCAUCAUCACCCGGACGGCCAGAGUGGUUUGCAAUAUGGAAUCCGGCGGUGAAGCAGAAGAAGAUCGGUGACGUGUCGCUGCUUCACACAUUGCUACACGAAUCCGUGGUUUGCUGCGUUCGCUUCUCCAAGGACGGGCGAUUUCUAGCAACGGGGUGCAAUCGUACGGCACAAGUGUUCGAUGCUCGAACAGGGACGAAAGUUUGCUCGCUAAUGGACCCGUCUGUGCCCAAAGGAGGCGAUUUAUACAUUCGCAGCGUCUGUUUCUCGCCCGAUGGAGCACUGCUGGCUACCGGCGCAGAGGAUGCUCAGAUCCGAAUAUGGGAUAUUGUGAAAAAGCGCAUUAUCGCAGUUCUUUCUGGACACCAGCAGGAGAUAUACGCACUUGAUUUUUCGACAGACGGGCGAUUCGUUGUCUCUGGUUCUGGCGACAAGACCGUGCGAAUUUGGGAUAUGCGCACUGUACUCCCGGCGAAUCCGCAGCAGACUGUUUCUUGCACAGUGCUCAACAUUACGGACUCGGCCCCACCGCCGUCGACAGCUCGUUCGUCACCCGGUCCGACUCCCGAUGGCGGAGUGACAAGUGUAGCGAUCUCAGCCAAUGGAUCCCGUGUUGCUGCGGGAUCUUUGGAUGCAUUAGUGAGAGUUUGGGAUGUCAAGUCGGGUGCACUCGUGCGUCGGCUUCGAGGCCAUGGCGAUAGCGUCUACAGUGUCGCUUUCGUUCCAGAAGGAACUGUAUCGUCUGCCAAGGGGAUUGGACUGAUCAGCGGCGGGUUGGACCGAACAGUCAAAGGAUGGGACCUUGGUCUGGGGCCCAGUCCUCAAGGCUGGAAGGAAGAUGGACGUCCAUCAUCGAGGUCGAGUUCUGUGCUCAAAGGAUGGAAAGAAGGGACGGGAGAAGUAAGCGAGGGACGGUGCACCACAACAUUCAUCGGGCACAAGGACUAUGUCCUCUCCGUCGCCGUCUCUCAUGAUGGGGAAUGGAUUGUCUCGGGAUCCAAGGACCGAGGUGUUCAAUUUUGGGAUGCCAAAACCGGUGUGGUUCAGUGUAUGCUGCAGGGUCACAAGAACUCGGUCAUUUCGAUUGAUUUGAGUCCGGCGGGCAACGUUCUUGCCACGGGCAGCGGUGACUGGCAUGCUCGCAUCUGGAGCUACGAUGUUGUCUCGUAGCGGAUCGCAUACUUUCUUGAAUGAUAUUCUUGCUGAAACUUGUAUUGUAGCAGAACUUGUAUACCGUACUGCCCAUGACUAAUUGCGCAAUCUUCC